CAGUAGGGACUCGGUUCCUCAUUUUAUUUCCCCCGUUUUAAAACCAGUCUAGUCACGAGUUGUUACUAUGUUACGUUUCCCUUUAUGGUCAUUGAUAAUUAGCCUAGCCGACGAGCAAUAGGCGACAGGUAUGGGUGCUACUGCCUGCUGGACGUGUCCUCUGAUCUUCCUCUGCGUUUUCAUGACCUCUCCUGUCUUGGUCCAUUCACUUAAAUCCUUGUCUCACCUCCCAUUCUUCACAGUAUGGAACGCUCCCACUGAGCAGUGUGCAUCUCGCUAUGGUGUUGAACUUGACUUGAGUGUUUUCGAUAUUGUCCACAACCAGAACCAGACAUUCACUGGUGGUAACAUUACCAUCUUCUACUCAGGCAAGUUGGGCUUCUAUCCUCACUAUGAUAAGGAGAACAUAGCAGUGUAUGGAGGGGUUCCUCAGAACGCCAGCCUGAGUGACCACAUCUGGCAAGCUGACUCCGACCUGCGGAAGGCCAUCCCAGAUCAGGGCUUCCAAGGGCUGGCCGUGGUGGACUGGGAGAGCUGGAGGCCUUUGUGGGAACGGAACUGGGACAGUAAGGAAGUGUACUGGAAAGGCUCCAGGGCACUGGUGAAGGCCAAACAUCCAGACUGGAACCCAGAGCAGAUAGAAGUGGAAGCUGUAAAAGACUUUGAAGGGGCAGCACGGGCCUUCAUGGAGGAGACCCUGAAGCUGGGACGAAGGGAACGGCCAGAGGGGCUAUGGGGCUUCUAUGGCUUUCCCUGCUGCUACAACUACCAGUACAAGAAGAACGAGACCUACACUGGAGAGUGCCCACCACUGGAAGUGAAAAGGAAUGACAUGCUUUCCUGGUUGUGGAACGUGAGCACGGCUCUGUAUCCUGACAUUUACUUGGAUCUGAUGCUCAAGGAUCACGACCGUGAUAUUCUGCUGUACUCCCGAUAUCGAAUCCUGGAGGGCUUGAGGGUGAGAGAGCAGGUGACUCCCAUCAAGCCCCCUGUCAUCCCUUAUGCCCGCAUUGCCUUUACCUACUCGCUAGAGUUCCUCUCACAGGAGGAGCUGGUUAAUACCAUUGGAGAGAGUGUUGCAUUAGGGGCAGCAGGAAUUGUUCUAUGGGGAGAUGCAAACUACUCUAAAAGCAAGGACACCUGUCAAGCAGUGAAGGACUACCUGGACUCCACUCUGGGCCGAUACGUGGUAAACGUGACCGAAGCUGCAUUCAUGUGCAGCCGGACUCUGUGCUCGUCUCGGGGCCGAUGCCAACGCAAAGACUCAGGCUCCGGGGCCUACCUCCAUCUAGACCCAGCCGAGUGGACCAUCAUUCGCAGAGCUGAUCUUUCAGAUGAGGCCUCCGGCGGUCCACCGUAUGUGAUACAGAGGAGGGUGAUGAGUGAUAAAAGAGAGAGGAAACAUUUUAUAGAGCUGUUUAAGUGCCAGUGUUUCCCAGGCUGGGAAGGUGAGCAUUGCCAGAAGCCGGUUGCCAGCUAGCUCUGAGAGAGAAUAUGAACUAACAUAUUUAGAACUUGAGAAUUAAACUGGAAGAAUUUCUGUCUGUGCAAUCACCCCUGCUGAAACCUGUCUGGUUUACAUGAAUGUGUUUAAAUAGAAGGAUGUAAAAGCUUCACUCGAGUCCGUCUCAGGCUCAGCUGAGGAGAUUUUAGAGAAAAGGCAUAAAGUAGUAUUUCUUUUAUUUUUCAAAAUAUCUGGACAGUUAAAUCGUUAAGGUACAAACAGAACCAUUCUGAGUGGUUUGAGUCAGAAUUGUUCACAGUGUCGUGACAGGAAACAGUUACUCACAGCUACUUCACGGAAAGUUAUUACUCUGAAUGAUUAUAAAUAUGUUGUCAGAUGUCAGAGACACUGUUGUAUGAUCGUUAUGAAAUAAGGAGUCAGCCUAAAUUAUAUUUUCAUAUCUGGUCACAGCGGAGAGGAACAUGCAGUGUGUUCUAAGGCAAAACAGCACCCAGAGAAAAUGAUUAUCAAACCAUUAUCAGCAUUAAAUAUGAAAACUCAAAAGACAGCUGUAGAUUCACUGGCUAGUUUAGUUAGCAUAUAAAGUGUUUAUAUUCACAGGGUACACUUUGAGACCCCUGGUUCCUAUCACCACUAUUAUAAAGUAAUCUGAAUCAGUAAGGUUCUCUACAAUGAACUGUUUCAGAAUGACUUUGUUUACAUCUUAAAGACUGAGUUUUACAGAUGUUCUGAAAAAUCAGAGGAAUUCCCCUUUAAUAAUAAAAGGCCAUGCAAUGGUCUUACAAUAGACAGUAAACGUUACAGCACAGCCAAGUUUACUGCAUACGAUGGCCCGAAAUGAAGCUCAUGAUGAGAUUAACAUUUCCUUAAACAGAGUAUUAUUGUGAGUAUUUAUGAAUGAGGAAGUUUACUUGAAAGAGAGAGGAAGGAACCGUCUCAGCCGGUCCUAACUGUUCAUAAUUAGCAGGUGUUAACAGUAGUUUUAAUCAUUUCAUUUUAACUGUAAAUUACAGUCUGUGCCUUCUGCUUGUUUUAUGUAUAUGCAUUAACCAAAAAACACUUUGUCCAAAUAUGAUGAUCAAUAAGCGUACACUGCUGUAGUUUUGUGUGACCUACUAAUAAU